AUGGAGGAGCAAGAUGUGAUUGAUCAAUCAUUUGGAGGUGUCAAUGAAUUGUCUAUGUCUCCACCUACCUUAUUUGAUGUGAUUGGAGAGCCGCAAUCAAUUCCUUGUGCUGUUGAAAUGAUCCCAACACCUACACCACAAAUGAAUUCCACAAAAUGGAAGGAUUUGAUUAUUGGAGAAGGACAAAUAUUUCCAAAUGCCACUACUCUCCGAAAAACAUUAUACAAGUACAGCUUAUGCCAGAAGUUUUCGUACCUUUUCAUUAAGAAUAAUCAGCAAAAGAUCAUUGUGAAGUGCAAGGACAACUUAAUUGUACCUCACUCAGGAAGGUCAAAUUUAGCUGCUUCAAUUGUGAUUGAUGACUUGAGGUGCAAUGUUGACAAGAGUCCUAAUGAAAUCAGAAAGGACUUGUAUAAAGAAUAUGGAGUGCAAUUGAACUAUACUCAAGCAUAUAGGGUUAGGAAGAGAGCACUAAUGGAAUUACAUGGUCGAGUAGAAGAUUCUUAUAAGGUAAUCCCUUGGAUGUGUGAGAGACUCAUGGAAACUGAUCCUGACACAGUUGCAAGAUGGGAAGGCUCAGAUAGCAACCGAUUUGAGAGGCUAUUCAUUGCAUAUGGAUGCUCAAUUAAAGGCUUUGUGGAAGGUUGCAGACCAAUUAUUUAUAUAGAUGGAUGUCAUUUGAGUGGUCCUUACAAAGGAACUUUAUUAUCAGCUUGUGCAUUUGAUGCAGACAAUGAGUUGUUUCCUUUAGCAUAUGGUAUUGUUAGCGAGGAAACAAAUGAUGAAUGGACUUGGUAUCUACAGAAUCUGAAAGAGAUAACCAGAUCAGCACAAGUGACAAUUGUCUCAGAUCGGAGUAAUGCUAUUAUCGGUGCUGUCAAGACAGUAUUUGAUGGUGAUAGACAUGCUUUUUGCUAUCGACAUGUGAAAGAAAAUUAUAGUGCGCAGUAUGUGAAAAUCAAUAGAGGUGUGAGACGGACCUCAGAAAAUAACAAGGAGAAUGCACUUAAUUUACUUGAUGGAAUUGCAUAUGCAAGGCAUGAUAAUGAGUUUAAUGUUGCAAUGGGAAAUUUAAGAUUGUUUUGUCCUCAAUUGGCACAAUGGGUUGAAUCUCAUGGGGAUGUGGAUAGAUGGGCGCAAAGUAAAUUUCCUUUUAAGAGAUGGGAUAACAUCACCAAUAAUCUUGCUGAGUCUUUUAAUGCAUGGAUGUUGAAAGAAAGGAAGCACGCCUUGUCGGUUUUGAUACAAGAGCAUCAAGAGAAGUUGGCCAAGAAGAUGGUUGCUAGCAAAAUGGGGAUGAAAAGCUGGAAAAAUGGUGUAGGAACCAAUAUUGAAUCAAAGUUGUCGGAACAAAUAGCAAGAGGUGCGUAUAUGGAGGCAACAUAUUAUGGUGAUGACCAUAUUUCGGUGCAGACAAUACGUGAGGGACGCAUCAUCUAUGUUGCUGUUGAUCUGAUUUCUCACAGAUGCACAUGUUUGGCAUGGCAAAUGAGUGGAAUACCUUGUCCACAUGCUUGUGCAGCAAUCAAACUAGUUCACCGUAGUGUGUAUGAUUAUGUAGAUGAUUGUUACAAAUUGUCCACACAGGAGAAAAUAUAUGCAAAUAGCAUGAGGCCAAUUGCAACACAUGAUUGCCCACAGCCUGAUACACCUACUGUGAGUCAUAUGCUGACCCAAACAUUCUUGCAUCCACCGAUAACCAAAAGGCCUCCAGGAAGGCCAAGGAUUAAUAGGAUAGAAUCUCAGUUCCAAAAUAAGAAGGUUUAUCAUUGUGGAAGAUGCAAAGAGCCUGGACACACUGCCAAGACAUGCAAGAACCCAAAUCCCAGCUGA